AUGCAACGAGACUAUCUUUGGCAGCAGCUUCCCCCGGCCCCCACCUCCAUUUCUGAGCGCUUGUCCUUUCCUCACAUGGAUCCCAAUCAUUUCCCUUCGAGGCUUCAUGAAAUGCUUUGCGACAUCGACAUGAAUGGCAGAGGGGAAGAGAGAAUCGUUUCAUGGCAGCCUCAUGGCAAGUGCUUUUUGAUCAAGAAGAAGGAUGAGUUCAUUCAAAGAGUAAUGUCAAGAUGGUUUUGCCGGCUCAAGUUCACGACCUUUGAACGGCAACUCCACAAGCAUGGAUUCCGCAAGCUUGUUAUGUUCCGGGCAAAGCUGCUUAGGAACCUAUCAUCUUAUCUAAUCUUUGCAUCCAUUUCUGCCCUUGCCAACUUACCAGGUCCUGAUCAAGGAGCUUAUUACCAUCCUGACUUUGCCCGUGACACGCCAGAGAAGGUUACCACUAUCCACCAUACCAACAUCCGAGGAAAGAGGGGCCGCAAGCCCAAGUCCAAGCUCACGGAACCUGACUUUUAUGCAGCCGAAGCCAAGAUUGCAAGCCCUGAAUUGUCGAGUCAGGAAGCGGGCAAACAAUCCAGUGCCCCUGCCCCAAUGGGUUCCUUGUGGUUCGAACAGGUUACGCCCAAGGCCAGCAGCAAGGUGGCUACACUUGCCAACGUUGAAGCUCAGGAGCGCCCUCGAUCUCCCCUUGACGGCAAACUGAGAACAGGCGCCUCCCUGUUCUCAGCAGAGGCCAACAGCAUUCCCAGUCUGCGACCAUCCGGUCAGCCUCUCUUCUCUGGUGGACUGCACCAUGACAAUUUGGCGGCGGCCACGGGCGCCUCCAUUCAGUCCCAAUUGUCAGGGGGCAUCCUUCAGCAGCAGCAGCCACUUCAACCUCUUCCAGCUCCCUCGUUGAGACGUGGACUCUCGGGCACUGGUGCUACAGACGACGUUCACGGUCCCUCCUGCUCCUCCUCCCUGCCUGGCAAGGCAAUCCAGUGA